CCCAGGAGAAGCUGCGGUCUGCAGCGACGGAGCGCACAGCCUCCACUCUCUGAUUAACAAUCAGCAGGAAGGGAUGCGUCCAGUUUAGUUUGCGCCACUUUUGCACCGUUUCUCCAAACUCAAUGGGACCCGUCAACUGAAACCAGCAGGCUGCUCCAUCACUCUCAACCCCCCGGAGCCGCAGCCAUGGACUGCUGCGUAUUUGGAUGUUUACGCAUUGCUUUGCUGUGGCUCUUGCAAUCAGGAGCGCUCACGCAACAGGCUCCAGAGUGUUACCCCGGAGGUCACCGGACUUUGCGUAACCCGUACCGCAGUGUGGACUUUGACUCCACAGAGAUCCAGAACACGGCCAUCCAGGAUCUAAUCUGCGACCACUCGCUGCCGGCGGGCUGGUACCGGUUCAAGAUCAACAACAAGCCGGCGGAGAUGCCGACCGCCUGCGUUGAGAUGAACCGCUGUGGGACCCAGGCUCCGGUGUGGCUGUCUCUGAAGGACCGCUCCAUGCCACGGCCCGGCGAGGUCCGCCAGCUCUCUGCCUGCGCCACCUGGCAGUUCUUCCAAGGCAGCACUAAGGACUGCUGCCUCUUCCGCAUCCCCAUCACGGUGCGCAACUGCGGCGAGUUCCUGCUCUACCACCUGCAGCCAACGCAGGGGUGCAUGGGAUACUGCGCCAAAGUUACUCCAGAUGUGGGACCCAGACUCUGCCCAGGAGGUGAGGUAGAAGUCAACGGUCGAUGCAAAGCUGCUGUCCCGUCACUGCUGUCACGGCCGCUGAUCACCCCGGAGCUCAUCGGCCACAGUGUCCAUCUGAGGUGCUCCUUUGUCCCGCCGCCGUGGAACCAGCCGAUGGGCUUCCAAGUGGUUUGGGCCAGACACAUCGGCCACAGCAUGAAGGCCGAGAUCAGGCAGGAAUCUACACUGAAGCCCUUCUCCGUGGUGGAGAUGGAUGGUGUUCAUUUCAGGCUCGGAGAAACGUUCUCCUGCAGUGUGUCGACUUACAGAGCCAACUCCAGCAACAGCAGAUCUCCUCCCAAGGAAAGUGAGGGUUUCUACGCCGGACUGAAGUUUUCUCCAGACUCGCUCCUCGUAGCGGAGAACGGUAAAGAGCACGAGGUGAGCGUGCACAGCACGGUGCCUGUCCCCUGCUACGACCCCGUUUACAGCCACCAGUGUGGACUCCAUCUGGCUCUCAGCGUCCACGACCCAGACCGCCUCAGACACGAGGCCCCAAACGUGGCGCUGUCCGCCUGCCAGGUGGAGCUCCAGACUGAUGCCUGCAGUGGAGGCAGCUGCGGCCGGGCGACCUUUCUUCUAACCGCCGUCACUGACUUCACGCGAGAUGGAAACCGGCCCAGUCUUGUUGAGGUUUUGCCCGGACCCAGCGCACCACGACUCUGGAGAAGCUAUGUCCCAACGUCUCUGAGAGUCACUGUACAGGAUGUUCCUACUUCCAUCUGCUACUCUCUGACUGACCCUCACGUCAUUACUCUGGAUGGCAGGCGAUAUGAAAACCACCAGACUGGCACCUUUGUUCUUUACCGGAGCACCAUCAGGGAGUUCGAGGUCCACUCUCGCCAGUGGGACUGCGGCAGCCGACACUACACGGUCGCCUGCAACUGUGGUGUUGCGGCGCGAGAGGGGAACGACGUCGCCGUCUUCGACAUGUGCAAUGGCCGGCCCCAGGAAACCCGGCCACAGCUGACCCUGAAGAACCUUGGGGACGAAGAGGGCCGUCGGGUCAGGGUGCUGGAGUCCCACCAGGGGAAGAAGGUCACCUUGAUCUUUCCCUCCGGGGCCUUUGUUAGGGCCGAUGUUGGCGAUUGGGGGAUGAGCCUGUCCGUCCGGGCGCCCAGCAGGGACUACGGCAACACGCGAGGCCUCUGCGGCACCUUUGACCACAACGGCACCAAUGACUUGCACGGCUCCGACGGGGGCUCCUAUGGUCCCAACGGCCUGCAUCGCUUCAUAGAAUACUGGAGGAUAGCACCCGGGGAGAGUUUAUUUGACAGGACCCCUCCUGGGACGCUGCAGGAGAUCCAGAGGCCUUUCUGCGCCUGCCAGAAAGAAUACAGUGCUUCUCACCACGCCGGCCGAGCGAUGAGAAACUUGUACAAUCCUUCUGCUCACUCCGACUGCACAUCAUACGAUAACGUUGAUUACACAUCUGUGUUCCCCUCGAUGGACACAACGGUGGAAUACAUCAAGAGUCCAGAGAGAGAGGAAAGCAUCCUGGAUACGUCUGCAUUCAACAGCCAACCGCUGGAGCAGAGACACUGGUUUCACACCGAGACCUUUCCAAACAGUGACGGCGAUCUUGAACCAGACAGCGGGUUCCGGGAGGAUCUUCUGAUCUCCAGGCCACAGAGAAAAGCGUUGUUUGAUUUCGAGCCCGUCUUCGCCGCUCAGAGCCUCAGUGCGGCCGAUCUGGAGAACUUUGCCUACUUCUUCCCGGAGGACCACUCAACAGAGGCCCGGCCCACGGAGGGACCCCGCUGGCCCACACCCAGUGGCCUGACCUCGGCCAAGGCUCUGGAAGUGUGCCAGAUAGCCUUGGCCAAUUCCACUGUCGGCGCAGUGUGCCGCGGGCUGCUGGGACGGCGCCUGGACGAGGCGGUGGACCUUUGCAUGCUGGACUUGCAGCUCAAAGACGACCUUGGCUGGGAGGAGGCGCUGCUGCCGUACCUGGAGAACGAGUGCGAGAAGAGGCUGUUGGAGAACCGGACCCGGAGAGCCUCGGAGGUGGCGGGUCCACCCGGAACGUCCAAGGAGGUGGUGAUGGCUCUGCGCUGCCCCAACUUUUGCAACGGAAACGGAGAGUGUACGGAGUGGGGCUGCCAGUGUGAUCCCGGCCACAGCUUCUAUGACUGCAGCCUGGCCAUCAGCCAGCCAGUAGAGGUAACAGAUUUGGAGAACGGCGGACUGUGUGACAUCCGAUCCUUCAACUGUCGCAACGUUCGAGUCUUCGGCCUCGGCUUCAUCGACUCUCCCGACCUCGGCUGCCACGCCAGCAGGCUAAAGUACAUGAACGGAGUUUGGGUUCCAGGGGAGAAACAGAGAACCAAAGCCACCUUCCUGAGCUCCAAGGCUUUAGACUGCGCUGUACCGUCUCUCAGCAACACCGCCGUCAACACAGAAGACUUCAUGAUGGACGAUAAACCGUACGCACGCUGGGAAAUCAAGGUCACCAACGACGGUUCCCAGUACAGCCAGGCCAAGGUGAUGACCAUCUACGAUGGUGUCUGCCAAGUUUGCCAGGCAUCGCGCUCAGGACUCUGUAAGUUGAAGGAGAGGACGUGUAACAUCGAGGGGAUGUGUUUCGCAGACGGAGUCUCCAGCCCCAGCAGCCCCUGCCUCCUCUGUGACCCGGACACAUCCAAAUUCACCUGGUCUAUCAAUCAAGUCAACGAGCCGCCGGCGUUCUUCCGGCCCCAGAGCCGCCUGCGGACGUUUGCCGGUGAGAACUUUGUCUUCCAGUUGGCAGCAUCGGACCCCGAGGGCUCAGCGCUCCUCUUCCAGCUGGAAGAAGGGCCCCAGGGGGCCGUCCUCUCCCCCGCCGGCCUCCUCAUCUGGAGGGUCCCAUCGCUCCCUGGGGACAGGGGGUGGACCCAAUCCUUCCGCUUUACGCUGUCGGAUGAGUGCAACGCCCAGAGCAGCUUCACCGCAGAGAUUGACGUGGUGCCGUGUGGCUGUCAGAACGGAGGUACAUGCGUGACGGACGUCAGUUUCCCGGCCGGCAGCGGGACGUACCUGUGUGUGUGUCCCGAGGGAACGCAGGGCGAUUUCUGCGGCAAGCACGUGGACGGAUGUCUCUCAGCACCGUGCGCGGCCGGCAGAUGCAUCAACGCAGCUGGCGGUGGGUACCGCUGCCAGUGUCCCGCGGGCCUGAGAGGUGUAACAUGCCUGGAAGAUGUCAACGAGUGUGAAAGGAAGCCAUGUUCCCCAGGGGUCCAGUGCUUCAACAACUUUGGCUCCUAUGGCUGCGGCCCAUGCCCCAAAGGCAUGCUGGGAAAUGGGACAGUAUGUACAGCAGUCACCAGGUCAGUUCCUGUCCCUCCCACAUCUGCUUCUCGUACAACGGUCUACAAGACACCAGAUGUUGUACAGCAACCACCCAUAGCAAAGACAGACAAUUCCCAGAAGACCUCAAGUGGCAGCUCCCUGCAGACGAAGGCCGAGAAGACUAUUCCAAGGAUUGACCUGAACCGAUCACAAACUAAGACCACUACUUGGAGACGGAUUCCAGGAAUGAGUCUGAACCCGGCGCUCACUCAGGCAGAAACUAACAAGAGCAUCACAGCAGUUACACAAAUCCUGUCCCAAACAAACCCUAAAGCUUGGAUAAGAAGCCCAGGAAUCAAACUUCACCCAUCCGCAUCGGACACAGACAAAAUCAGCAACACUGUUGCCGAGACAUCCACUGUAGCCCCACCUUUGGGAAGUGGCGGAUCAGCUUCUGGAUCUGGUCAGUCUCUGGUUGUGAACGGAUCCGCUACGUGUGCUAGCAGGCCCUGCUUCCCCGGGGUUCAAUGCAUCAACCGCAGGCCGCCACAUGUGGGCUACGUCUGCGGCCGUUGUCCCCCCGGCCUUUACGGCAACGGACGGGUCUGCAUGAAGAACGCCAAGGCAGCAUCCAACCACCUUCCUCAGCAGCAGACUGUUGGCAAGACCGGCCGCUCCCCGCAAGGAAGCAGCGGCCAAGUCUCACAGCUCCACCUGCCCAACCUGCCCACCAGGCACGGCAUCAAACACCUGUCCUGGUCCGUCAGCAGAGCCAACCGGGAGAAUGCUCCACGCCAGGUUCCCGCUUCGGGGAGGGGAGGCAGGACGGAAAGGAGAGAGGCGGUCACUGUUGCUUCAAGAGACGUUCCCAGAACAUCAGUCGGCGCCCUCCACAGUGCCGACCUCAGAUCAGACACCAGGACGUACACCAGAUCUAGCACAACUGUCUCCGGGAAGGUUCUGGUAUCCACUGUGACGGCCUCCAAGUCUGAAGCAGCAUUGACCCGGGCCACAUCUGCAAAGGUAACACAGCACGCUCCUCAUCUAUCUACUCAGUCUGGCAAGGUAACGCAGCCCAAACAUCUGGCCUCCAGCCAAACCAAAGCCUGGACCCCUGCCAGACCUGCCUUCCCCCUGACAGCGGCCCUCACCGCUCUGUCCUACUCGCUGUCUGAGUCAGAGUUCUCUGCAGAUGGAGACGAGGACGAGACUGGAUCUGAAGGCCCAGAGGUGCUGGCGUUCACAACGCCGGCCAAGACGGUGUACGACUCCCCAAUUCAAAGAGCCACCUCCAUCCAGCCAGGGGUUAGGAGCCGAACGAUGGCCGACAAACAUGUCAAGACCUGCGCCGACCGGCCAUGUUUCCCUGGCGUCCCGUGUGAACCAGCCUGGGAUGGGGGGUUCCGCUGCGGCAGGUGUCCUGUAGGAUACACCGGAGACGGACGAGCCUGCAGAGCUGUUUGCAGACAUACGUGUGGUCGGAACAUGGAGUGCGCCGCGCCCAACACGUGCCGCUGCAAACCAGGCUACACUGGAGUUGAAUGCCAGACAGCCAUCUGUGAGCCGGAUUGUGUGAACGGGGGGGUUUGCGUUGCGCCCGCUGUGUGCCGCUGUCUCAGAGGGUUUCACGGAGAAACCUGUCAGGAAGCUCUGUGCAGGUCACCAUGUGAAAACGGGGGCACCUGCGUGGGACUGAACACCUGCUCGUGUCCGUACGGGUUUGUUGGACCUCGAUGUGAGACCAUGGUGUGUAGCCGCCACUGUCACAACGGAGGCCAGUGUGUGUCUCCAGACGAGUGCCGGUGUCCUACAGGCUGGACCGGGCCGUCCUGUGAGACUGCUCUCUGCUCGCCCGUGUGUCUCAACGGAGGUUGGUGUGUUCGGCCCAAUACUUGCGCGUGUCUUCACGGGUUCUACGGCCCGCAGUGUCAGAACGCUUUCUGCAGUCCUCCCUGUAAGAACGGCGGCCUGUGCAUAAGAAACGACGUGUGCUCCUGUCUGCAGGGAUACAUCGGGAGGCGCUGUGAGACAAGCGUGUGUGAGCCCGUGUGUAUGAACGGCGGCCGGUGUGUCGCUCCUGAUGUCUGCGAUUGUCCGUCAGGUUGGCGAGGAAAGAGCUGCGAUAAACCCAGCUGUCUGCAGGCGUGUCUGAACGGAGGCGAGUGUGUGGGAGCCAACGCCUGCCGCUGCGCCGCGGGAUGGCUCGGCACGCUGUGUCACAUCCCUCACUGUGAACAGAAGUGUCUCUACGGCAGCCGCUGCGUCUGGCCCAACGUCUGCGCCUGCCGGGGCGGAUCCUCCGCUGCGCUCUGCUCCAGAAGGCUCCCUAUCCCCCGGGGUUGAGACCCAACAAACGCCAAACAGCUGGAGGUCAAUCCACACGGGGAAUUAAACCGCUGUCGGUGCAGAGCAUCGUCAGAAGAAAACCCUAAAACGUCUCUCCACUGGGAACUUAAAAUCUCUCUGAGACUAUCUCAACUUGUACUUUACAGAGACAAAGACGUCUCCAGACUCCUACAUACCGUCUUAAAAGGCUGUGGCACCAUUUUCUCUUCUUCCCCAUAUGAAUCAAACAUCUGGGUCAUGAUCAGGACUGUAGCAGCAGCUAUUCAGUGCAGUGGUCCGGCUAAUCAUUUAAAAACUGCAGUUGGGUAGAGUUUUUAUUUUAUUUUACUAUGAGUAUUUAUUUGGUUGUUUUAUAUUGUUGCAUAUUUCUUGUUGUAUAUACUGUAUCUCAAAGGGUGACUUCAGGUUGUUCCCAUGUUGUUGUGUCAAAGUGACGGAUCUUUGGAGCCACAAUCUUUGAAACUGGUCCAGUAUUGAGUGAGAACGCUGCAACCGGCAGCCACAGACUGUAAUGUGACCUUACAGGACAGAUGUUCAGCAUCAGUUAGCGUCCACUAAACGUUGUGUUGUUGCUGCUGACAGACUCAGAUUAUUAUUCUAAGUGUGUGACAACAUUAUGGGAUGGAUCCCUACAGAGAUAGACCUUUAGGUAAAGAGAAAGAUCCUUUUAGUUUAACAUGAAACAGCCCCGACAUCACCAUCACCAAACCCACCAGA